AUGUCUGCACUCAACGUCGUUCGCCAAGUCGCCGAUAUCGCUGAAGCUUCCGGUGUGCCAUGCGUUGAGAACGUGGCCAAGGUAGCCGUAGUCGUCUUCAAGCUCUUUGAGAAAAAGGGAAAGAACAAGAAAAACGUCAAGGAGCUCUGUGAAAGCAUCGCCAACACGAUUGCUGUCAUCGAUGCUUUCGUUCGUAUGCACGGAGAGCCUGGGGCUUCACAUUUCAAGGAUAUUUGUGGGGAGAUGGAAGUGUAUCUCGAAAGCAUAGCUCAAGAUUUGAAAGAUAUGAAGCGCAAACAUCGUGGAUUUAAAGGCGUCUUUAGCGUCGAUGACUUCCGAGAGGCUAUCCAGGCUUACAGGAGGCGUGUUGACGAUCUCAAGACAGACUUUUUGAUCCAUUCAGUGGGUGACUGCGUUUUGAAGGUCACGGAGAUGCACAGCCUGUGGAAGGAUGGGAUGGCCGAGGCUGUGGUGGGUCCCUCGGAGGAGUUUGUUUUCCGGAUCCCGAAGAAGCCCCUUGCAAUCACCGCCUUUUUUUUUUUAGCCUCUGAUUCCAAUUUUUUCUCACAGUAA